AUGGACUUUAAGUCUGUGAAACCACAAACCAAAGCCAGGCACAGUGGUGGACCCACUGAGCUCGCCCCGCCCCACCCCGCCCGCAGACAGUCCGAGACCAAGAACAGCCCCGAGUACGCUUGGUCCUUGGCGAUCAUGGGCGCUUCGUCUGCCAUAAUCUUCAGCGCCCUGGGUGCCUCCUAUGGCAAGGCCAAGAGUGGCACCGGCAUUGCAGCCAUGUCAGUCAUGAGGCUGGACCUGAUCAUGAAGUCCGUCAUCGCAGUGGUCAUGGCUGGGCUCAUGGCCAUCUACGGCUUGGUGGUGGCAGUCCUCAUCGCCAACUCCCUGAAUGAUGGUAUUAACCGCUCCAGGAAUUUCUUCCAGCUGGGUGCAGGCUUGAGCGUGGGCCUGAGUGGUCUGGCAGCUGGCUUUGCCAUUGGCGUUAUGGGGGAUGCCCGUGUUCGGGGCACUGCCCAGCAGCCCUGCCUGUUUGUGGGCAUGAUCCUGAUCCUCAUCUUCGCUGAGCUGCUUGGCCUCGAUGGUGUCAUGGUGGCCUUCAUACUUUCCACAAAGUAG